AUGAUGCAGGAAUCUGCGACAGAGACAAUAAGCAACAGUUCAAUGAAUCAAAAUGGAAUGAGCACUCUGAGCAGCCAAUUAGAUGCUGGCAGCCGAGAUGGAAGAUCAAGUGGUGACACCAGCUCAGAAGUAAGCACAGUAGAGCUGCUGCAUCUGCAACAACAGCAGGCUCUCCAAGCAGCAAGACAACUUCUCUUACAGCAGCAAACAAGUGGAUUGAAGUCUCCUAAGAGCAGUGAUAAACAGAGACCACUGCAGGAAUUGCUUCCAGAAACAAAAUUAUGUGUCUGUGGCCACUCUUCUGGUGAUGGGCAUCCUCACAACACAUUUGCAGUACCCGUGUCGGUGGCCAUGAUGACGCCCCAGGUGAUCACCCCUCAGCAAAUGCAGCAGAUUCUUCAGCAGCAAGUGCUGUCUCCUCAGCAGCUCCAAGCCCUUCUCCAGCAGCAGCAGGCUGUCAUGCUGCAGCAGCAACAACUACAAGAGUUUUACAAGAAACAGCAAGAGCAGUUACAUCUUCAGCUUUUGCAGCAGCAGCAGCAACAGCAGCAGCAGCAGCAGCAGCAGCAGCAACAGCAGCAGCAGCAGCAGCAGCAGCAACAGCAGCCGCAGACCCAGCAGCCGCCGCCGCCGCCGCCGCAUGUCGGCAAGCAGGCAAAAGAGCUGUUUGCGCAGACCGCGUGUUCCCCGCCGCUCACCGGGCUGGGUUUUCUGCACCAGCAGCAGCAGCAGCAGCAGUUGGCCGCCCAGCAGCUUGUCUUCCAGCAGCAGCUCCUCCAGAUGCAACAACUCCAGCAGCAGCAGCAUCUGCUCAGCCUUCAGCGUCAGGGACUCAUCUCCAUCCCGCCCGGCCAGGCGGCACUUCCUGUCCAGUCGCUGCCUCAAGCUGGCUUAAGUCCUGCUGAGAUUCAGCAGUUAUGGAAAGAAGUGACUGGAGUUCACAGUAUGGAAGACAAUGGCAUUAAACAUGGAGGGCUAGACCUCACUACUAACAAUUCCUCCUCGACUACCUCCUCCACCACUUCCAAAGCAUCACCACCAAUAACCCAUCAUUCCAUAGUGAAUGGACAGUCUUCAGUCCUAAGUGCAAGGCGGGACAGCUCGUCGCACGAGGAGACUGGGGCUUCUCACACUCUGUACGGCCAUGGAGUUUGCAAAUGGCCAGGCUGUGAAAGCAUUUGUGAAGAUUUUGGACAGUUUUUAAAGCACCUUAACAACGAACACGCGCUGGAUGACCGGAGCACGGCCCAGUGUCGAGUGCAAAUGCAGGUGGUCCAACAACUAGAAAUACAGCUUUCUAAAGAACGCGAACGUCUUCAAGCAAUGAUGACCCACUUGCACAUGCGACCCUCAGAGCCCAAACCAUCUCCCAAACCUCUAAAUCUGGUGUCUAGUGUCACCAUGUCGAAGAACAUGUUGGAGACAUCCCCACAGAGCUUACCUCAAACCCCUACCACACCAACGGCCCCAGUCACCCCGAUUACCCAGGGACCCUCAGUAAUCACCCCAGCCAGUGUGCCCAAUGUGGGAGCCAUACGAAGGCGACAUUCAGACAAAUACAACAUUCCCAUGUCAUCAGAGAUUGCCCCAAACUACGAAUUUUAUAAAAAUGCAGAUGUCAGACCUCCAUUUACUUAUGCAACUCUCAUAAGGCAGGCUAUCAUGGAGUCAUCUGACAGGCAGUUAACACUUAAUGAAAUUUACAGCUGGUUUACACGGACAUUUGCUUACUUCAGGCGUAAUGCAGCAACUUGGAAGAAUGCAGUACGUCAUAAUCUUAGCCUGCACAAGUGUUUUGUUCGAGUAGAAAAUGUUAAAGGAGCAGUAUGGACUGUGGACGAAGUAGAAUACCAGAAGCGAAGGUCACAAAAGAUAACAGGAAGCCCAACCUUAGUAAAAAAUAUACCUACCAGUUUAGGCUAUGGAGCAGCUCUUAAUGCCAGUUUGCAGGCUGCCUUGGCAGAGAGCAGUUUACCUUUGCUUAGUAACCCGGGACUGAUCAAUAACGCGUCCAGUGGCCUGCUGCAGGCUGUCCACGAAGACCUCAAUGGCUCCCUGGACCACAUCGACAGCAACGGGAACAGUAGUCCGGGCUGCUCGCCGCAGCCGCACAUACAUUCGAUCCAUGUCAAGGAAGAGCCAGUGAUUGCGGAGGAUGAAGACUGCCCAAUGUCCUUAGUGACAACAGCUAAUCACAGUCCAGAAUUAGAAGAUGACAGAGAGAUUGAAGAAGAGCCUUUAUCUGAAGAUCUGGAAUGAGAACUGACUUGUGAAACCUCAGCAUGAAGGGACAUAUCACUGACCUUCAUAACCACUCCACAACCAUGAAUAUUUGACAAAUUUUUACUGUGACUAUUUAUUAAGCAUGGAUAAAGGAGACAGCCCUAAAGGAACUUAUUAAGCCAGCCCUUUGGGAUUCAGUACCAACAGGCAAAUUGCUUGUUUUCUUCCUUUCCUCUCCCUCUCUCUUUCUCUCUCUCUCUCUUUUUUUUUUUUUAGAAA